GUUUUACCCUCGAAGCAAAGCAGGUGAAACGAGAAGCGGAGAUCGGGACUUCGUCCCUCCGUCGGCGCUCGUCGAGAUUUUAACGCCUGCGGUAAAGAUCCGUUCACCGCCCCUCACCUACGGUACAGUUACCCCUCUCUGGAAUCUUCCGUGGACGCCAACCUUGCUGCUCUUUAAAGAAAGAACCCCCAAAACCCCCAAAACGGGGGCCGGCCAGGGACGAAAGCAGAGGAAGCCUAUCCGAAGCUCGUCGCCAGAAGGCCGAUGGAUUGGUAGGGGCAGGGUAAAGGUCGAUCCUUGGGCGUGGAUAGAUGCGCGUCGUGCGGGUUUCGUGGCCAGGUGAGGGAUCUUUGGUGUCGGUGCCGACCCUGCGAUGGAAUUCGUGGGUCCCUUGCUUGAUCUGAGUUGUUUCGGCGUGAUAUAGGUAUGAUAUUUUAGUUAGUGCUGCACUAGGACCAUUGGCUAAAGAGUUGAAUGAUGGAUUACAAUGGAGAUGAAGACCAGAGCCAGGACUAUCUUUUUAAAAUUGUUAUGAUUGGUGAUUCUGCUGUCGGAAAAUCGAAUUUGCUAGCGAGGUUUGCUCGAAAUGAAUUUUACCCAAACUCCAAGUCCACUAUCGGGGUUGAAUUCCAAACCCAAAAGAUGAACAUCGAUGGGAAGGAAAUCAAAGCUCAGAUAUGGGACACCGCAGGCCAGGAGCGCUUCAAAGCUGUGACAUCUGCAUAUUACCGAGGAGCUGUGGGAGCCUUGGUGGUUUACGACAUCAGCAGGCGCCAGACUUUUGAUAGCGUUGGUCGAUGGCUCAAUGAACUGCACACUUACUCCGACAUGAACGUGGUGACCAUUCUGGUUGGCAACAAGACUGAUCUCAAGGAUGUGAGGGAGGUUACCACCGCAGAGGGCAAGGCCUUAGCUGAGGCCCAAGGCCUCUUCUUCAUCGAAACCUCUGCAUUGGACUCCUCCAACGUCGCAGCAGCCUUUCAAACUGUAGUUAAGGAGAUUUAUCACAUACUAAGUAGGAAGGUGUUCCUGUCUCAAGAGCAGAAGAAGCACGAUAUGUCAUCGUUGAGCAAUGGGAAGACAGUCAUCUUACAAGGGGAUUCGAAUGGUGUGAGCGAUGGAGCUAGGGGAUACUGGUGCUGUUCAUCCUGAAACGAGCUACGAGAAAUCGUUUUCAUCAUCAGUUUGCAGAUCUUUUGUUUUAGAUUCACUUGAUUUUGUUUUCCUUGUGCAGUUGCUUUGUGAUUGAUGGUAUAAUUGUCAAAUGUUAGCUGCUCAUUUACUCUUUGCUUGCUGGUAUCCUAAUGAAUGUUAUAUGGUGAGCUA